GUCUUCCUUUUGUGAGAAGCAUCGAUUCAAUUCUGUUGUCAAACUUUGGCCGCCCUGGGUUGUCUCACGCUACAAUUGCGGGCCAUGUUCACCAUGGUACACAAGAGGUAGAAGUAUGGAUGCAGACCUUUGCUCCCGGAAGUGGAACUCCCAUUCACAGACAUGGAUGUGAGGAGCUGUUUGUAGUCCUUAAUGGUACAGGGAAGCUGCUGUUUGCUCCAAAUGUCCCUGAUCUUGAUGCACAAGGCACAAUGCAGGCUCCAGAAAGGGAAAAGGAGCAAAGCAUACCAGGUCUCCCUGUUUCUAGUCCCAUCAGUGCGAACAUGACCUUCAUAGUGCCUUCUAAUCAAGUCCAUCAGAUCCUGAACAGCGCUCCUGAAUGUGGCUCAGAGUCCUGCAACUUGCUGCAGCUUCUAGUCAUCAUAUCAGAACCUCCAAUCCACAU